AUGGAGGCGAUGGCAGCCAGCACUUCUCUACCUGACCCAGGUGACUUUGACCGGAAUGUACCUCGGAUCUGUGGAGUAUGCGGAGACCGAGCCACGGGCUUCCACUUCAAUGCCAUGACCUGUGAAGGCUGCAAAGGCUUCUUCAGGCGGAGCAUGAAGAGGAAGGCCCUGUUCACCUGUCCCUUCAAUGGAGACUGCCGAAUCACCAAGGACAACCGCCGCCACUGCCAGGCCUGCCGGCUCAAACGCUGUGUGGACAUUGGCAUGAUGAAGGAAUUCAUCCUAACAGACGAGGAGGUGCAGCGUAAACGGGAGAUGAUCAUGAAGAGGAAAGAGGAAGAAGCCUUGAAGGACAGUCUGAGGCCGAAGUUAUCGGAGGAACAGCAACGCAUCAUAGCCAUCCUGCUGGAGGCCCACCACAAGACCUAUGACCCCACCUAUGCUUACUUCAAGGAUUUCCGGCCUCCGGUUCGUGCGGAUGGGAGUGAGGAGAGCUAUCCUGAAAGACCCACAUUCAGCUUCUCCGGGGUGUCCUCCUCCUCCUCCAGCUCCGAUCUGUACACCACCUCACUAGACAUGAUGGAACCGUCCAACUUUUCCAACCUGGAUCUGAAUGAAGAGGACUCUGAUGACCCCUCUGUGAGCCUGGAUCUCUCGCAGCUCUCCAUGCUGCCUCACCUGGCGGACCUGGUCAGCUACAGCAUCCAAAAGGUCAUCGGCUUUGCCAAGAUGAUCCCCGGAUUCAAGGAUCUCACCUCUGACGACCAGAUUGUACUGCUCAAGUCAAGCGCCAUUGAGGUUAUCAUGUUGCGCUCCAACCAGUCUUUCACCAUGGAUGACAUGACUUGGGACUGUGGCACCCAGGACUACAAGUAUGAUAUCACUGACGUCACCAAAGCUGGGCACACCCUGGAGCUGAUUGAGCCCCUCAUAAAGUUCCAGGUGGGGCUGAAGAAGCUGAACUUACACGAGGAGGAACAUGUCCUACUCAUGGCCAUUUGUAUCGUCUCCCCAGACCGACCUGGGGUCCAAGAUGCCAAGCUGGUUGAAGCCAUUCAGGACCGCCUUUCCAACACGCUGCAGACCUAUAUCCGCUGCCGCCACCCACCGCCAGGCAGCCACCAGCUCUACGCUAAGAUGAUCCAGAAGCUGGCUGACCUGAGAAGCCUCAAUGAGGAACACUCCAAACAGUAUCGCUCCAUCUCCUUCCAGCCCGAGAAUAGCAUGAAGCUCACACCCCUUGUGCUGGAGGUGUUUGGCAAUGAGAUCUCCUGA